AACAGCUAGCAGGCUAAGGCCAGACACUGACACUUGCAGUUGUCUUUGGUAGUUUUUUUGCACUAACUUCAGGAGCCAGCUCAUGAUCUCAGGAUGUAUGGAAAAAUAAUCUUUGUAUUACUGUUGUCAGAAAUUGUGAGCAUAUCAGCAUGGAGUACCACUGAGGUGGCAGUGCACACUUCAACCUCUUCUUCAGUCACAAAGAGUUACAUCUCAUCACAGACAAAUGGAGAAACGGGACAACUUGUCCAUCGUUUCACUGUACCAGCUCCUGUAGUGAUAAUACUCAUUAUUUUGUGUUUGAUGGCUGGUGUUAUUGGAAUGAUCCUGUUAAUUUCUUACAGUAUUCUCCGACUGAUAAAGGCAUGAGGAUGUGGCCUGCAUGCUGCCUGAUCUAGCCUAGAACCAGCUGCACCUGCUGUUCUCUUGUUUAUGCAAACUGGCUGCACCUGCUAUUCCUUUGCUUAUGCCCCUACCCCUGGCUAUCCUAAUUCCCUGUUCUCCUGCCUCACUAUUACUGUAUUCUCCACUUCUAAAUAAAAAUAAAACAAAAUACAAACCGUU